GUCCAAAGGGCCCGCGACGCCUUCAACCGCGGGGUCACACGUCCUAUUGAAUGGCGGCGCAAACAACUGCAGAGCCUGCUCAGGAUGUACGAGGACAACCAGCAGGCGAUGAUAGACGCAUUGCACCAGGACCUGCGCAGGAGCAAGAUGGAGGCCGUCCUCCUUGAAGUGGACUAUUUGAUCAACGAUCUGAAGAACACGCUACACCAUUUGGACGAGUGGGUUCAGCCUACUCAUCCCGCCAAAGGGAUGGUGAACAUCCUAGACGAGGUUGUUAUAUACAACGACCCAUACGGCCUUGCCCUCGUGAUCGGCGCGUGGAACUACCCACUUCAACUGCUCCUGCUACCCGUUGCGGGGGCAAUCGCGGCGGGAAACGCUGUCAUAGUGAAACCUAGUGAACUGUCUGUGGCAUGCGCCAAAUUCGUUGUGGAUAUGGUGCCCAAAUAUUUGGAUAAUGACGCCGUUAUUGUCAUUGAAGGAGGUCCAGAGGAGACCAGUCAGCUGCUUAAAGAGAAAUUCGACUACAUAUUCUACACAGGAGGCACCAAUGUCGGCAAGAUUGUAUACGAAGCGGCUACGAAGUAUCUCACUCCUGUCACUCUAGAGUUGGGAGGUAAAAGCCCUGUGUACAUAGACAACACAGUGGACAUAGUAGUGACGGCCAAACGUCUCCUCUGGGGCAAGUUCAUCAACGCUGGACAGACUUGCAUCGCCCCGGACUACGUGCUGUGCACCAAGGAGAUCCAGGAUCAACUGGUGGAUGUAGCCAGGAAGGUGCUGAAGGAAUGGUACGGGGAGGACCCACAGAAAUCGCCAGACCUAUGCAGAAUUGUCAACCUUAGGCAUUUUGGACGUCUGGAAACGAUAUUGGAUGCCAGCAAAGGUAAAGUAGCGAUUGGCGGGAAUUACGAUGCACAGGAUAAGUUCAUUGAACCCACGAUCGUGGCCAACGUGACGGGCACAGAUAAAAUUAUGGAGGACGAAAUAUUUGGCCCCAUUUUGCCUAUUGUGCCAGUGGCCAAUGCUUAUGAAGCUAUCAAAUUUAUCAAUCAAAGGGAACACCCACUAGUACUAUACGUGUUCAGCAAUGAGAACAACAUACAGUCGUUGUUCACUGAACAAACCCGCUCGGGCAGUAUAUGUAUGAACGACACGAUCAUGUUUUACGGCGUGGAGACCCUGCCUUUCGGCGGUGUAGGUAACAGUGGAAUCGGGGCGUACCACGGGAAGGCUUCCUUCGAUACUUUCACGCACAAGAAAAGUUGCCUGAAAAGAAAUUUCGCUGCGAUCGGAGAGAAAUUAGCGUCUGGACGCUACCCCCCCUACACGGAAGGCAACCUGAAAAUGAUCACCGCACUCAUGCGCAAGCGACACGGACCGUCCCUAAAGUUCCUGCCGUACUUGCUCGCGUUCGCGCUGGGCGCCGGCCUGUCGUACGGCAUCUUCGCCUGGAAUAAGGUAAAGAAGUAG